AUCCAACAUAAACAGGAAGUGAAUAGCAGACUGCAAGUCAAAGCUCUCGUGUGAGAAUCAUCAGCUACCAGUUGAGACCUUCACUUUACUGCACAAGAAGAUGUCACUAAAGCGAGAUUCUAUACCACCACCAAGACCGCCAGCUCCAAAGAGCUUUACUAGAAGAUCAGCAUCAAAUAACUCUAUUAAGAAAAGCUUCAAGCUAUUAGAGGAAGAUGAAGAAGAUGAAGAGGACUUGACAGUUUUAACAGGGGAGUUUGACAAGAAGUUGGACAAGAGCAAGGCAGAUGCAUCAAAAGGCGACAAAUCAAAGGAGUCAACACCUGUGAAAACUGCAAGCUCAACUCCACAAAAUGAGUCAAAGACCCUAGGUUUGAAUCAACGGUCAAGGUCAUUGGAUGAUGACAAAUCAUCAAGUAAUGUUUCUCGGAUAAAACAAAACUUUGUCGACAUAUCUUCAGGACUGAAAGAUAAAUUGGCUAAAAAGUGGGAGGAAAUAUCUGCUGAAAUUAAUUCUCCUGUUGAUGGUAACACAGAUCAAAAGACAGAAGAGAUGGUUAAUCAAAAUACUGAAUUCUCUAGACUUGAUGUGAGACGGUUAGAAAUACAAAUGUCUGAUAAUGGUGAAGAAAAUCUGAUCAUUGAAACAGCAAAGAAUAGUGCUUUAGAUGAACAUAUCAAGGAUGAGCCUGAUAAAAAAGUAUUAGUUAGAUCUCAGAGGCUACCUCCAACACCAGAGGAAACACCUGUUGAUAGUACAGGUACCAUUCAAAUAGUUGAUGACUUUUUCCCAACGGAACCAAGUGAUAGUUCAGUAGGGGCAAAUGUGCAAUCUAAUGAGCUUAGACAGCGCAAAAAUAGCAGUUUAAAGAAAAUAUUGAAAAACAAAGGUUCUAAGGCAUCAAACUCUCCAACUGGAACACCAGUAUCAAUGUCAAAGUUGAUGACAAAGAAUGACACUGAAGACCAGGACAUUGAAGUACAAAGUGCAAAUACUGAAUUUUUUGAUGCAUCAGAUAUGGAUUUGACAUCAAAUAAUUCUGUACAAUCAGAUCCCAUUUCUGGUAAUGAUCAGAAACUCAAAUUACCCACAGGACAUGUUAAGAUGUCAGAUUUGACUGCUGUUCCAGUGAGGAAAUUAACAGCAGGGAGCAUUUUCAUUUUCUUCUACUGGAUCUUGCCUCUCCCAUCAUAUAUAUCAGGGAUGUUAAUGGGCAUGUUUCUAGCCUGUGCUGGAUGGGCAGUGUACUUGUGGUUAAACAAACCUCCUACCCAGAAACCUCCUAUUGAAAGAUUACCGGUCAACAAACUCCCCCCAAUGGUUGUCCCUGAAAUGAAAGAUGUUGUCACAGAGGAUGGCGUUUACAAGGGAUGGAUGAAUGAAAUUCCAAUUUACAACCCAGAAAAGUACCACAUCAACCAAACUCAUUCAAUCUAUGUGGACCUUGAAAAUGCAGCUUUGCGUCUGCGGCGACCAAAAACAAACAUUGCAAAGCGUUCAAUGUGGGAUGAACCUCCAAUCCAGACACCCCAAUUCAUUCAUCAGAGACAUUACAACUUAGAGGGCAGCAAGGUGUUCCUGGUGCCUCCAGGACUGGUGAAAAAACGCAUUUGGAGUAAAAAAUAUCCCAUAUGUGUAGCCUUGGCAAGUGUUGACCCAAAACACCAUGCUAUGGUGAAUGAACAAAAGCUUGCUGAGACUCCAGACUCUGAGUCAGGGUUUGAAAUCAUCACAGACCAAAACUGUGGCGAUGGUGUCCUGUUCCUGUUUGCUAGGACUUGCCGAGAGAAAGAAGACUGGUACAAACGUUUUACUGCUGCUGCAGCAGGCAAGCCCCUCCCUAGCCACCUGGGUCUCAUCCGAAAGUGCAUUAGUAAGACAAAGUCACCAUCCCAGCUACAAAGUAGAGAUAACAACACAGAAGGUGUGUUACAGCACAAGAGACAAGGAUCAACAGACUCGACCUCAUCAGGGUCAUCGUCCCCUACCAAGGAACAAGAGGAUGUUCCUGUGUCUAGUCAAUCCAGCAUGGAAGACUUUAUACGCUUCAUGGGCAGAGUAAUGCCAAAAGAGGUGAAAGACUCCCAGUCUAGUCCAACUCAUGUGAAGAAAGGAACUCCUGAAUAUGUUAGCCCCAUAGACUGUGAUUUCAGCAUACUCUGGCUGAAUGCUCUUAUCAAUAGAGUUUUUUGGGACUUCCUACAUGAGCAAUAUUUCAUUGACAAAGUCCUGGAUAAGCUGCAGAGGAAGUUAAGCAAAAUACAUAUUCCAUACUUCAUAGAAGAGCUAAAAAUUACCAAUAUUGACCUGGGAAAUGAAGUGCCGAGUUUGCGUCGUGGAGCACGACCCUACUUCGAUGAGCAAGGGUUCUGGGUGGAUGUCGACAUCAACUAUGAAGGAGGCUUUCAGAUGACAAUAGAAACUAAAGUGAACCUUAUGAGGCUCAAGAAGACGACAACUGCCGACAAACAGGAGGAGGGGUCAGCCAGAAAGUCAGCGAUUACAGAUGAAGAUGAGGAAGACAGUGCAGAGUCCUCUAGUGAUGAGGAAGAAGAUGCUUCGUCACCCAGUGCAGAAGAUGGUGCACGAGGAGGUAAAGCCAGCAGGAAGAUUAUGGGCUAUCUGGGAAAGAUCACACAGUCCAAAUAUUUCCAAAGUGCUACAGAGAUCAAGUACAUCAAGAAGAAAAUGGAAGAGGUUUCCAACACACCAAUAGAGUUGACUGUGGAAGUUAGAAUACUGUCUGGGACCAUGGCUGUCAACAUUCCUCCCCCUCCCACAGACAGACUGUGGUAUGGAUUCAGAGGCAGUCCGAAGCUUCAACUAGUUGCUAAACCGAAGGUUGGCGCUAGAGAACUGACUCUCACACACAUAACAGAAUGGAUUGAGAAAAAACUGUCUACUGAGUUCCAGAGGACAUUUGUAUACCCCAAUUUGGAUGACCUUGAGGUGCCAACAUUUACCACAUACACUCCCAGCGGUGUAGACCCUCCCGGCCUGAGCGGAAAUCUGUAGUUCCCACUAAGAAACGGAGUCAGCAUUAACCUACACAAACUAUGUUAUGUGGGUAUGCAAUAUUGUGCAAUAUUGUUUUUUAGUAACAUUUCUGUAUAUGUUUAUAUCUGUAAUUUAUUGCUGUACAUCAAGUUUAUAGUGGUAUGCUUAUACAUUUUAAAAGAUUAAAUUUUGUGUACCAUAAUGCUUCCUUUUGCAAAUCAUGUUUAUGUCAUCACAAUCAAACAUACAUAAAGAUUUCAAAGUUAAAUCUGAGUGAAAGAAAAGACAAAAAUAUUAAUAUUUAUUUUGCUAUACAUUGUAUGUGUCCUUACUAUUAUAUGAUAAUAUCAUGGGUGAUCCAAUAAUGUACCGGGGUAGUACUUUAACUUUUUACCUGUCUAUUUUGCUUGUGUUUACAAGUGUGUUUUAAUUCAAGUUAGGAAUUAACGGAAUAUCUGUUACACAAUAACAAUGUUUAGACAAUCCUACAAAUAAAUCUAAUUUCUGCUUAUAAUGACAUUAAAAGUACAGCUUGAUCCCAACAAUGAUACUGAAUGAGAUGUAUUAUAGAUUAAUUUUGUAUGAUGAAUUACUGAAACAACUUGAUAAUUUGAUAACAUAUGAAUGUAUUUCAAUAUUGCCAUAUCCCAUUAUUGUCAAAUUAAAAAUGUGACGUUGUUGGUGCUACUUUUGAUGAUGGGCCGUACUUCCAAUCUUCUUUGUUAAGCUGAAAACACUUACUACACUAUACACAAAUUCAAAUUUUUGUUGGAGAGCCAUAUAUGAACACUACACAACUCUUAUGUUGAAGGACCAUACACAAUCACUGCAUAACUCUUAUGUUGUUUUACCAUACCCAAACACUGUACACAACUCUUAUAUUGUUUUACCAUACACAAACACUGUACACAACUCUUAUGUUGAUCUACCAUACACAAACACUGUACACAAUUCUUAUGUUGUUUUACCAUACACAAACACUGUACACAACUCUUAUGUUGUUUUACCAUACACGAACCCUGUACACAACUCUUAUGUUGUUUUACCAUACACGAACCCUGUACACAACUCUUAUGUUGUUUUACCAUACACGAACCCUGUACACAACUCUUAUGUUGUUUUACCAUACACAAACACGGUACACAACUCUUAUGUUGAUUUACCAUACACAAACACUGUACACAAUUCUUAUGUUGUUUUGCCAUACACAAACACUGUACACAACUCUUAUGUUGUUUUAACAUACACAAACACUGUACACAACUCUUAUGUUGUUUUACCAUACACGAACACUGUACACAACUCUUAUGUUGUUUUACCAUACACAAACAUUGUACACAACUCUUAUGUUGAUUUACCAUACACAAACACUGUACACAACCCUUAUGUUAAAGGACCAUACACAAACACUGUACAAAAAUCUUGUGUUGAAGGGUCAUAGUGCCAUACAUGAACACAGCAUACCAAGUUAUUGUUGAACAACCAUACCUAGGGAACACAGUUCACAAAGCUGUUAAAGAGCCCUACAUGUACCCAGUACAAUUGUUUAAGUCCCUUCAUACACCCUGUUCACAGACUAUUUUUGAAGGGCCAGACAUGUACUAGUUUCACAAAACCUGUUUGAGAACAUUCAUAGUACCCCAUACACAAAACUAUUGUUGAAGGGUUUCACAUGUACCAUCUAUCUACAUGUAUACAAAACUAUUAUUGAAGGGUUUCACAUGUACCAUCUAUAUGUACAUGUAUACAAAACUAUUGUUGAAGGGUUUCACAUGUACCAUCUAUAUGUGCAUGUAUACAAAACUAUUGUUGAAGGGUUUCACAUGCACCAUCUAUAUGUACAUGUAUACAAAACUAUUGUAGAAGGGCCACUCAUGACCCCCCUACACAAAGUUUCUUUUGAAGGACCAGACUUGUACUUUUACACAUUUCCUAUAUAGAUAGUGUUUAGUUGAUUAUGCACCUUGGCUCUAAAUGACCUAACUUGUCAAUGGGCUGUAAAAAGCAACACAAUAAACAAACACAUAUGCUUGGCUGUACAUAACUGCUUACUUCUCUGUAAAGUGUUAGUGUGUCCAACAUCAGAACUGAAGAUAGCAUUACAGACACCAUAGAAAUAGUGUAUUUUCAUACUUAGCUGAAUAGGAUACAUUUUGUGAUUUCAUCAUUAUGUUGUGAUAUACACAAUUUAUUUUACUAUGUAACUACAGAACUGGUAAAGCAUUACACCCAACAUUUUUUAUACAAAAGUAACAAUUAAAAUCUAGGCCAAUUAAACCUGUAAAAUACUGUUAAAGCAUUGAUAUAAAUGUGUAAGGUAGACACAUGUACUUGAUAAAUAAUUGGUUAGGAUUCCCACCGUCUCUGUCAAAAGUUAAAAUAAUCAAUUUUAGUCAGAUUACUGCUGUGUUUUGUAACUUGAAUGCUAUUGAUAAGGAAAUGAAAUGAAAUAAAUAAUUAAUUUGGUCAGCUGUGAUGUUUGAGUUGACAUAUAGGUCCAGAUUGGGUAUAGCAGAUAAUUGUAGGUUUUGUCAUUAAAAUAAAUGUACAGAACACCAAAUGUAUUGAUUUCUAUUGAUUCCCCCCUAUCCUGUCUCACUGUUUCCAUGCUCAGGCUAUACAGUUUAGCUUGGUUAUGUAAAUUAUAGCAAUUAUACACCAGAGCCUUCUGACAGUAAUACAAUAUGACAAGGUAUUGCUUUCAACCUUUAAAUUUCGUUUUUGUGAUACAGUGAACUUAAAAACAAAAGCAAUGUUGUAGGUGAAAAAUAACACAAAUUGUGGUUGUACAGCUCAAAAUAUUUCACCAGGGAGAUAUCCAUGUUCAGUAAUAAGCCCACCCCCUUGCUAAACAGAUUCUGUAGAUGAGGGUUUUACCUGAAGUCUGUUCAGGAUAUGGGUGAAAUACUAAAAACGCCCUGUGCCCAUUGUAUCCCCUUUCUAAGGACAAGGUGUCGUGGAUAACGCAGCAUUAAUAGGGAUAUUCUUCAGAUCUCAAAUAAUUUAAGUAACUUACCAGCUAGGUAUAUGAACAUGACUUAUAAAUAAACCCCACUUUGAGUUGCCCUUCUUUUCUAAUAUUUUUAAUUCCAAAAUAUGCUACAGAAACAUAUUGUUAUCCAUUAUUUGUCUUAUAAUCAUAAAAAACCCACUAUUGUUCAAGAAGAAAAAAUAAAGAAAAACAUAGAAGAGAAGUGAAGAUCACUUGUACUUAAUGUAAGAUUAAGAGGUAGCUCUUUGAUAUAGUGUAUUGUGUAGUUUCUGUCCCUGGAGUCUGUAUGUCAUCAAAACUAUCAAAUUGUCAUAAAUACAAGCUUCUUCCACAUGUAAAGAUAUUUUAGUGGAGUUUUCCCUGUAACAGGAUAGCUUAACAAUAAUCAAUACAACCUCUUGUGUACAAAGUAAUGCAUAGUACAAUAUGUACAUGGGUACAGCCUAUAGUACAAUAUGUACAUGGGUACAGCCUAUUUUCCCGGAUAGUCAUCAGUUCGUCUUGCAUUUCGUUGUUGAAAAAUUGGUACAGCCUAUUUAUCACAUGUCAAUUUAUCUUUAGUUGUACAUUCUCCAAUGAAACUUCUAUUGUGCAGUUAGAUACAAUGUGCUAAUUCAAAAAAGAGCUUUUUCCUGUAAAAAUUACAGAUACUCUUAGAUUUUUUUUUAUGCUUAUUGUUACUGAAAAAAGGAUGUUCUGCUUAUUUUGCCUGGAUAUGUAACUCAGGAGAAGUUUAUAUCACUAGGUAUGUUAUUGCUUAUUACCGUGUACACUGUAUAGCCACACAUUGUUGAUUUUUUAUUUAUAUACAAUAGUUCAAGUCAAACUAUUAUUGGUACUUAGCAUUCGUUGCUACCGGUGUUUAUUUAUAUUAUCUUCCAUGCAUAAAACACAGCUGAUACAGCAAUAUGUAUGUGAUUCCGUCUCGGUUUUGUGUUAAUAUUGGUACCAGUAUGUUAAAUUAUUUAUUCCUGGGUCCAGUCAAAGUCUGAUCAGCUUACAACAGGCUAGUAUUAGUCCAACCAACUUCCCUUCCUUCUAAACACGAUUGUCAUAUUACUGGACUUAUUUGAGAAGAAACAUAAAAUUGGCUUGAUAAUUAAAUAGAACAAUGCAACCUAUGCCAGGAUUUAUGGGGCUCAAAUGUAUUUGUCAAAACUGCAUGUAAAUAGAUCUAAAAUGAACAUCUGAGGAUGAGAUAAAGAUAAAUGUUUUUAAGAUACUAAGAAAUUAGUCAUUUAAAGUUUAGAAUGAAUGAGAUGGCUUUGACUGGACCCUGGUGAUUAUGUUUGAAUUAAAGUUUAUUAAUAAAUUACUGCCUUUGAUUGUUUCUACUGUUAAACUGUCUCAUCACUCUACCUGUGUUGUACCAGGAUACUUUGAUCAGGGCUUGGUCCUACAUUCAUAAAACUAUUCUAAGCUCAAAUGCAGUUAAAUGUGCUCUAACUAUCUUCUAAUUUACCAAGUUCAAGUUAAAAUCCAAUUUUUUAAAGUAAAUUUACUUUUAUGUAUUUCACAGUUUCAAAUGAUAGCUGUCUUCAGAUUGAAAAGAAAACAACUUAUUUCCAUUUAUUUCCGUUAAAAAAAAGUCUGGAUAAGUAUGGUUUCAAAGAACUUUUAAUUUGUAUUAAACUAGAGUGUUGUGGACAUUUUUUUUUCCAAAGUUGUUUUGUUAGCUUACCAAUACUACAAGAACAGAGUUGAGGAAUUCAGAGUAUUUAUAGUUAUAAUCAGAAUUGUGUUGUCCAUUUAUUCAAGUUUGAUUCUGUUUACAAUGACGUUUUAAAUGUUAACAAUUUCUAACAUAAACAUUGAUGUUAAUACAUUGAUUUCUUGUGCAGUGUUUUGAUGGAUUGCAAAUUAACUUCAAGAAAAAUUCAAAGAAAGUAGAGUGAAUCUGUACUUGUUGUUUCUUAUGAGAGAGGAGAGGAGGGGAUACAUUCUUCCUGUGAGAUGAAGACAGAAAGAAAUGCAAUGCAUUGACUGUCCUAUGUUUAAGUUCAAUCCUUAAUCUAGAUUUUAAAAUGCUUUCCCUUGAGAUGGUCUCCAAGGUAUCAAAUCACUAGUCUCCCACUGGCAAACACAGGUUUAAGUGCUUGCUUGGUUGGUAUUUCUGCCAUUACUUCUUGCCAGUUGUUUGUUAUUUGUCUGAUACUAACGAUCGUACAAAGAAUAGCUUAAUACAUAGUCCUUUGUUUAAAGUACAAGCCAUGUUUAUAUAGCUGUUCUAGACGUGUACAGUAACUUGAACCACUGUCCACCUAUUGUAGAGCUAUUGUUUUUUAUUAGCUCACCGGGUCCGAAGGACCAAGGUGAGCUUAUUCCAUACCGUGGCGUCCGUCGUCAGUCCGU